UUUAUACAGGAACACCCCCGUAAAGUAACGGUCGACUGAGGCUUUUCCCCUCUCCGCCUUUGGAGCCCGCUUUUUCACCAGUGAGAGGGCGACCUCACAGUCCUUUUCCUCUUGCUCUCCACUCCUCUUCUGCACAAUCUUCUAGGAAUAAAAGUGAAAGCAAAAAAACGCAAGAAAAAGGAGAAAAAUGGCGAUACGUACCCAAUGCUGGCCUCUCCUCGCCCUUCUCCUCCUCUCAGGUGUACGUUUCUUUCCCCCGGCGAGUGCGUCUCCGUUGGUGGGCGUUAACUAUGGGCAAGUGGCCAACAACCUUCCGUCGCCGGACCGCGUGGUGGGACUCCUUCAGUCCGCCAACAUUACCAAGGUGAAGCUCUAUGACGCCGAUCCGAAGGUUCUCCGCGCCUUUCGCGGCACCGACAUCGAGUUUGUCGUCGCGAUUCCGAACGAGUGCGUCAGACAGAUGGCGGAUCCGUCGCAGGCUCUCGCCUGGGUCAAGUCUAAUGUCAAGCAGUACGUGCCAGACACUCGGAUCGGUUACAUCACCGUCGGGAACGAAGUGCUCACCGGAAACGACACGACGUUGGUCGGAUGCCUCAUUCCGGCGAUGCAGAACGUCUACGCCGCUCUGAGAACUCUAGGGCUGAGCGAUAAGGUGGAGGUGACGACCGCGAACUCGCUCGCGGUCCUGGAAACGUCCUAUCCGCCGUCGAGUGGCCGUUUCCGGCGAGAUCUCGCGGGACCGGUUCGCUUGCUGCUUGAGUUCCACGAGCGAACCAGAUCGCCCUUCCUCAUCAACGCCUACCCGUUCUUCGCGUACAUGAGCGAGCCGAAGCACAUCUCUCUCGAUUAUGUCCUUUUCCGGCCAAACGCCGGCGUCGUCGAUCCGGGCAACGGGCUUCACUACGACAACAUGCUUUUCGCCCAAAUCGACGCGGUUUACGCUGCGCUGGAGGCCGCGGGCCACGGUAAACUGAUCGUGAAGGUGUCGGAGACGGGAUGGCCGUCGAAAGGGGACCCGCAGGAGACCGGAGCUACUCUGGAAAACGCCCAGACGUACAAUGGGAACCUGAUGAAGAUCGUAGCCGAGCAGAAGGGUACUCCCAAGAGGCCCGACUGUGCGCUGGAAGUUUACGUGUUCGCUCUGUUCAACGAGAAUCUCAAGCCCGGGCCGACGUCGGAGAGGAACUACGGCCUCUUCAAGCCGGACGGGACGCCGGCAUAUGACGUCGGGCUGGAUUGCGCAAGGCUAGGUCCGGCGUCCACGGGCGGCCAGUCUUCAUCCUCAUCAUCAGAUUCAUUCGACAAUCCGAACGACCCGUCGUCGUCGUCGACCUUCAGUUCCUUCUCCUCCGCUACGGGACUGCGUUCCGUGUGGAGGGGCUUUCUCACACAAGGAUUGGUUGGCUUGGGCGUCAUCUGCACUUAUUAUUUUUCCUCAAGAUAGAAGAAGGCAAGCAAAUGGGGGGAGCACGAGAGAAGCAGCGCCUUGGAUUUUAUCUUUCCCAAAAGGGGACCUAGAUUUACCUCCCCUUUUUAGCCUCAGGACUCAAGAAGGUCCCUUUGCAGCUUUGAUGAUUAUAUUUUCUGGUUCUUUUUCUUUUCGUUCUCCAUUAUUUAUUACUGUGGGAAGAUUACGAAAGCUGCAAGAAAUCCAAUUCUGAGCAAUUUGUCUCUUUCUUUC